GCCAGAAACUCCAGAUGAAAAUGGCAAAACCCAGCGAGCUGACAGUCUUAUUAUGAAGAAGAUAAAGAAAAAAAAGAAAAAGAAACACCGGGAAGAUGUGAGGGGAAAACGCCUGAAGAUGUACAACAAAGAGGUGCAGACAGUGUGUGCCGGGCUCACUCGCAUUGACAAGGAGACUCUGUCUCAAGGACAGUGUGACAACCUGGAGAUGAGCAAGGAAUCCUUCAGGUACCUGAAGGAUGAGCAGCUGUGCAGACUGAACUUGGGCAUGCAGGAAUACCGGGUCCCCCAGGGAGUGCAGACCCCCUUUGUGACACACCAGGAGCACUCUGUCCGCAGCAGCUUCCUGAAGACUGGCACUAAAUUCAGUAACUUCAUUCACGAGGAGCACCAGUCCAAUGGAGGUGCCCUGGUCCUGCAUGCUUACAUGGAUGAACUCUCAUUUUUGUCUCCAGUGGAGAUGGAGAGAUUUGCAGAAGAGUUUCUUGCGUUGUCAUUCAGUGAAAAUGAUAAAAAUGCAGCUUACUAUGCUUUAGCCAUAGUGCACGGAGCAGCUGCCUAUUUACCAGACUUCCUGGAUUACUUUGCUUUUAACUUUCCAAACACUCCAGUGAAAAUGGAAAUUUUGGGCAAGAAGGACAUUGAAACAACAACAAUUUCAAAUUUUCACUCUCAGGUCAAUCGGACGUACUGCUGCGGCACCUACCGAGCAGGACCCAUGCGCCAGAUCAGCCUGGUGGGAGCAGUGGAUGAAGAAGUGGGGGACUACUUCCCAGAAUUCCUAGAUAUGUUGGAAGAAUCUCCAUUUCUUAGAAUGACUCUGCCCUGGGGGACUCUUUCCAGUCUCAGACUGCAGUGCAGGUCCCAGAGUGAUGAUGGGCCCAUCAUGUGGGUGAGGCCGGGAGAGCAGAUGAUCCCCACAGCUGAUAUGCCAAAAUCACCCUUCAAACGGCGCCGGUCCAUGAACGAGAUCAAGAACCUGCAGUACCUACCUCGGACCAGCGAGCCCCGCGAGGUCCUGUUCGAGGACAGGACCAGAGCUCACGCUGACCACGUGGGGCAGGGCUUUGACUGGCAGAGCACGGCUGCUGUCGGGGUGCUCAAGGCUGUGCAGUUUGGGGAAUGGAGUGACCAGCCUCGUAUAACCAAAGAUGUGGUUUGUUUUCAUGCUGAAGACUUCACUGAUGUUGUGCAGAGGCUUCAGCUGGACCUGCAUGAACCUCCAGUGUCACAGUGUGUUCAAUGGGUGGAUGAAGCCAAACUAAACCAAAUGAGACGGGAAGGCAUUCGCUAUGCUAGGAUUCAGUUGUGUGACAAUGACAUCUACUUCAUCCCUAGAAAUGUCAUCCAUCAGUUCAAAACAGUGUCAGCAGUCUGCAGCUUAGCCUGGCACAUCAGACUCAAACAGUAUCACCCCGUGGGGGAGACUUCUCCAAAAGCAGAAAGCAAUUCAAGCCUCAACAGUGAUGUUCCUGGAAACACAGAGGCAGAAGGUGAACCCCAAGGUGUGAGUGUAAAAAUAGAGUCUGAAGAACCAGGUAUGGAAAUUCAGCUUACCCCAGGGGUGCUCUCCUCCUCUGUUUCUUCAAUAUCAGGACUUGUGCAACCAGAUCAGGUGGCCCAGCCCCUUCCAGGUUUUAAAAUAGAGUCUGAUCACCAACACAAUCCACAGGAUCAUGCAGGCUCUUCUGUGUGAUAUGUAUAUAUUCAAACAUUUUUUAAACAACUUUUUAAAAUUUUGAUGUGAAGUUAUAGUUUUAUAACUGGCUUAUGUUUUAUUGGAGAAAUCUUGCCUAUAAUUCUAUAAAGAAAGGUGACAUUCCAAAAUGUCAAGCAUAUCUUUUUUACACAGAUUAUGCAAAAUUCAAGUUGUAUUUUAACCCCUUAGUACAACCUGUAACAGUGGUCUACCACUUCUUUCUGUUCAAGUAAAGAGAUGUUGAAUAUCUUCUCAAAGUCAGAUUGGAAUUCCUCCAGGAAUAUGAAAUGAUUGAGCUCCAUUGGUCAGUGUUAUUUCCCUACUUUUACUUUAUCUCUAAUCUUCACCAGAAAGUGAUGCUUUUGUAGAAGACUUGCAAAGUGAUUUCCCCAUCUUAUUUUAAUUGCUUAAAAAAGGGAAAAAAAAAAGAAAAAAAAAAAAGAAAGAAAAAAAAUAGAGAAAGCACAGCACUUUUGAUGAUUUGUGGAAUUUUUUGGUAUGUCUGUUCUUGACAUGUUGGUUUAUAUACAAGCUAUAGAAAUUGAUGUUUCUUACAGUUCCUACAAGGGUGACCUGUAAAAAGAACUGAAGCAAGUGUCUGAUUCCUGUUGAAAUGCAAUGACUUACUGACCUAACACUUCUCAUAGCACUGCUUAUGUUGUUUGGUGUGGGGGUUUUUGCUUCCAAAAUACAUCUUCCCUGAAUGUGACAAAUGCUAGUGUCAAAAUUAGAGAACCUCUUGGUAGUCUUGUGGAGGAAACUGCUAUCUUUGAGCACUUUAAGGCUUUAAAAUACUUAACCAACCUGGCAGCUUGUUUUGAUGGGGUCGUAACGUGUCCAAUGGAUCCACACUUUCCCUUGUACUGAUGCACUUAAUACAAUAAGCAUUGAGCUGAUACCUGACUUCCUAGAAUAAGGACAGCCUUACUGUGUAAGUUCUGUAUUAGUAUUUCACAAUAAAAAGUAUUUUGGCGUUGGACUGCUUUUUCCAUGUGUAGCUCCUGGGUGCCCAGUUACUGUGGAAAAAUCAGCAGCACGUGCUCAGUGUGUAGAGUGUCAGCUAUCAACAGUUUUUAACCAAUCUUUCAAUAUUUCUGGAUGUUAACGUGUAACCUGUAUUUGACUUUCACUCACCCCAUUUAUUACUGCCCUUUCCAGUCAUCAAAAGGAAAAGUCCCUUUUCCCUCCCCCUCCCCACAUUUAGAGUACAAGUUGGGGUUUGGUGCAACUUAAGCUGUCUCCAGAUAACUUCAUUUGUUCUAAUCCUCACUGGGGUAGGAAAGAUUUGAAACACUAUGUUAGACUAGACAAAAGCAAAGAUGCUGUGUUAGUUCUGGAUGCAUCUUUUUAAUAUCAAUUAUUACUCUUCUCUUUAUAAGGGUCUCUAAAAUAUGUUACUCUAUUAUAAAUCUUACUUUGUGCAAUAUUGUUUGUGUAGGCUUUUAUAUACAUAUUAGCACCUCAGUGUAGAGGUCACUAUUUUAAACUGAUAGAGAAAUAAUCCUCAGAAGAUACUGCAGUGAUUAGUUAGAACCUGUAUUACUCCUUAUGUGUAUGUAUGUAUUGUCUUCGGUACAAAAAUGAGGACUAGGAAAUAUUUCAAUUUAAAACUAAUUUACAGAUUGAAGUGGUAGUGACUCGUUUAGUAAUCUGUGUAAAUAAGGUGUUAGAAUGGAAAGCUUUUAUGAUGAGAAGUAAUGUGAUUCAUGCAGGGGUGUAAUUUAAUCUUAGCAGAAAUUCUAGAUGACUCAGCGCGGCUCCGAGACGAGCCGUCAGUUCUCUGGUGGGUUUUUUCCACUUUUUACGUUGAGAGGAAUUUCAUAGCUUUAAGGGUUGUGCAAAGUAAAAUUCCUCACAGGCAAUAGUGGUUUCGGUUCAUCCUUCACAUUCAGAGAUUCCCCAGGGGCGUUCUUUCCUUUUGACCGAGUCUGCGAGUCUUCCACGUGCUGCUCCCUGCCUGUCCCUGCCCCCAGGGUGGCCUUUCCCUGCAGCCAGCACUGAUCACUCAGGAACUGUCACAGAGCAGAGAGCCCCCUGCACCAACCUGUCUGUUGGGAAAAUUGGAGAAUCCAAUUUGAAAGAAUCCAUUUGGAAGUCCUCUGUAAAUUCUAAUGUACAAGUUUUCAAGUGGAUGAGGCAAGACUAGGGUGGUCUGUGCUGCUUUCCAAGCUGUAGCUUUAGUGAAAUCUGUGACAGCAGCCUGAAAUAGCUGGAAAGUGCUCUGACUUCCUCUUGCAUGGAGGGACGUGACCAGCAGCACCAUGCUCUCUGUGCUCUGCUCAGUUUCUAACUGAAAUCCUAAUGUCAGAUCUAAAUGCACAUAAAUAAAGGUAUCUUUGAAUGACCUGAA